CAGCUCCUACGAAGAUUUUGGCUGGCGGUUGGGGUGGGUUGAAGGUCUUAGAUUUGCCCUUAAACCAGCGAAAGCACUCAGUGAUCUGCAGUCGAUCUCAACGAGUUCUAAGAGGUGAAAAGUGUCAGAGACCGAUCCAACCACAGCACUUGGAAGUGAAUAUGAAUAGUCUGUUCAGCAUGACCAUCUGAUGGACUGUUGGUGAAACACAGUGUUCGCAGCGUUCCCAAACUAUCGGUGUUAUUGACCAAAGCCGUGACUCGAUGCUACGCAAGAAGUCAAAGUUGAAGCCCCCAACAGAUUCGCAAGAAACAAAAUCAACAUCACAACAGUUCAACCUUGGGAUGCUGGCCUGCACACCUCUCUCCGUUCCCCUCCAGGUGAUGCCCGUGAUGGAGGAGCCCAAGCCUGAGAUGUUGACAUUUGCAGCAGACUUCGAUCAAUGUGAAGCCCAGGUUGGUGAAGUAGCCAUUCCUCAGGCUGUUGGGCCUGGCUGCCAGCGAGAAACCUGGAUGUCCGCCCUUGGCCUGGAGGAUAAAAAAAAACACAGGAAGAAGCGAAGAGGCAAAUCAGUUCAGGCGACGGAUGCCGUGCUGUACAGUCUCUACGAGGAGAAGAUUAGACCCUGCAUUGACCUCAUCGACUCGCUAAGGGCACUGGGGGUGGACAAGGAUUUGUCUCUACCGGCCAUCGCUGUGAUCGGGGACCAGAGCUCAGGGAAGAGCUCUGUGCUGGAGGCACUAUCUGGGGUGUCGUUACCUAGGGGCACUGGUAUUGUGACAAGAUGCCCCCUGGAACUGAAGCUGAAGAAAGCCAAAAAGGCGAACGUUUGGAAGGGAGCGAUAAGUUUCAGAGAAUAUUCGAAGGAGAUCACAAAUGCAUCCGAGGUGGAGCAAGAGAUCAGAAAAGCUCAGAACAGUAUGGCGGGUAAGGAAGGAAUCAGCCACGAUUUAAUCAGUUUAAAAAUUGAAUCCAGCAACGUCCCUGACCUCACACUUAUAGAUCUGCCUGGGAUUGCCAGGGUAGCAGUGGGUAACCAGCCGCUGGACAUUGGAGACCAGAUCAAGAAGAUGAUCCGGUCGUUCAUUAACAAGCAGGAAACCAUCAACCUCGUGGUCGUUCCUUGUAAUGUGGACAUUGCCACCACUGAGGCUCUGAAGAUGGCACAGGAGGUUGACCCCUCAGGAGAAAGAACAGUGGGUAUUCUAACAAAGCCUGACCUGGUUGACAAGGGGACGGAGAGCACCAUUGUGGACAUUGUCCAAAACCUAGUGGUGGAACUGAAGAAAGGUUACAUGAUCGUCAAAUGUCGGGGGCAAAAGGAGAUCAACGAUAAACUCACUCUGCAGGAUGCAAUUGCCAGAGAGAACAGAUAUUUUGAAGAACAUGAACAAUUUAGAACCCUCUUGGACGAAAAAAAGGCUUCGAUUCCACAUUUGGCUGAAAGACUUACAAACGAACUUGUCUAUCACAUCAGUAAAUGUCUACCCAAUCUCCGUAGAGACGUAGAAGAGAAACUCAGCAAAACCAGGAAAGAGCUUAAACUAUAUGGCAAUGGAAUUCCCACCUCGGAAAAUGAGAGACUAGCAUUUUUGAUUGAUAAAAUCACCGAAUUUUGUAGUCAGAUAAUCAGCUUGGUCUCAGGGGAGGACACUGGUAAUCACACCGAGGAAAUGAGAUACUUCCCCCAAGUACGACACGAGUUUUCAGCCUGGAAAACCUUCCUCGAUGACAAAGGAUUGAACUUCCAAGACACUUUGCGGGAUGAAAUUGAGGAAUAUGACAACUUGCACCGUGGACAAGAGCUGCCUGGGUUUGUCAACUACAAGACCUUCGAGUCUAUAAUGAAGGACGAAAUCUUCAAGUUGGAAGAACCGGCCAUCCAGAAGCUAAAGAUCAUCGCAGAAAUCACACGGACCAGUUUUCUCAAUAUCGCCGAGAGCCAUUUUGCUGCAUUUUCAAAUCUUUUAAGAGCGUCUAAGAUCAAAAUUGAAGACUACAAACAGGAGCAAGAGAUCAAAGCAGAAUGUCUUCUUCGGACCCAUUUCAGGAUCGAGAGUGUAGUCUACUCACAGGAUACCAUCUACAGCCAGACUCUCACGACAACCAAGGACAGAAUCUCCCAAGAGAAUCACAAGUAUUCCAUUUCAAGUGGAUUUUCCUUUUCAAACACUUCACAGAAACAUGCAUUUGGAUCUGCAGUGCCAAAACUGAACGCCAGUGUGGAGGAAAUGUCAAGCCAUUUGCAAACAUACUACAAGAUUGCUUCUAAUCGGAUGGCUGACCAGGUACCCCUGAUCAUCCGCUAUUACAUCCUGAAGGAAUUCAGUGAGAAACUGCGAGCCGGCAUGCUGGAACUUCUCCAGGAGAGAGACAAAAUCACGGUUUAUCUGUACGAGAACGCAGACACCAAGAGGAAAAGAGAGUCGUUGAAGAAGCAGUUGGAUCGUCUGAAGAGAGCCCGUCAGGAAUUGAACAGGUUUGGCUGAACAUCUGUUUUGUGGGCUCAUAGGAACAGGAGGAGGCCAUUCAGCCCCUCGAGCCUGUUCCACCGUUCUUUUAGAUCAUGGCUGAUCUGUACUUCAACUCUGUUUACCUGUUUUUGCUCCAUAUCCCUUGAUACCCUGACCUAAUAAACAUCAAUCCACCUCAGUCUUGAAAAUUUCAAUUGAUCUAGGAUCCACAGCCUUUUGGGAGGAGAGAAUUCCAGAUUUCCAUUACUCUUGGUGUGAAAAUGUGCUUCCCCAUUUGAAUCCUAAAUGGCCUAGCUCUAAUUUUAAAAUGACAUCCCCUUGUUCAGGAUUCCCCCACCCUCACCAGAGGAAAUAGUUUUGCAUUAUAAUUUUUAACAACUCAAUCAGAUCAUCCCCUCAACCUUCCAAAUGCAAGGGAAUAACAAGCCACGUUUACGCAACCUGGGCUCAUAAUUUAAGCCUUUAAGCCCAGGUAUCUUUCUGGUGACUCUGCACCAUACCUUCAUUCAGGGCCAAUAUAUAUUUCCUUGAGGUGCAAUGCCCAAAACUAUGAAUGCAGUCACUUUUUCAAACGUAAUUCCAAUUGGAAAGUGAAAUUGGUGGAAAAUGUGAUAUAGGGUGUCAGCUGACUCAGUUGGUAAAUCUCACCUCCAAGGCAGAUUGGUUGCAACACAUUCCCUUUUAAUGUAGCCUCACCACCACCCCCACCCCACCCACUGACCAGCCCCACCUUGCCUCAGCUGUCUGCGCUGACGAUAUGAUUUGAUCCAUCACCCCAUCCGACUGUUUACUGAGAGAGCAGUGUGCCUUUAAGAAACCCAAAUAAAACCAUCCCUCACAGCAUUAAUCUUCUCCUCAGGACAAAAACGGCCUCUAACUAUCCUAAAUUAGUGCAAUUUGGCAAUUCUCUCUCUCCCUCUCUCUGGCUCGCUCGCUCGCUCCUCCGAGAACUUUAUUACACUUGCUUUUUAUGUCAUCUGUCCUCGUAAUUUAACCCUUUAAACCCUGGCAUUAUUUGGCAAAUCUGCUCUGCACCCCCAUUCAGAGCCAAUGUACCUUUCCUGAGGUGCAGUGCCUGAAACUAGAUGCAGUACUUCAGAUGUCCCUUUGCUUUAUCUGCCCGGAUAGGAUGGUGGGGAGGGAGAUGGGGGUCAGUGUGUGAGGCUGGACAGUCAACGCAGGAAGUCAGACGUGUACUGCACUUCUACAAUACUUUGGGUCCACACAGUGAGUGAGUUAUUUCUGGAACAACAACUCGCAUUUAUAUAGCGCCCUUCAGGUAGGGCAGCAUCUCGGAGAGUUUAACAGUCGUGGCACCAGACACCAAGCUGGGGGUGGGGGAAGGGAGAAGGUGACUGUAAGCGCCCUCGAAGAGGAAGGUUUUCACUCGUAAUCUAAAAGAGAGGAAGGAGGGGGCAAUGCGGAAGGAUUGGGGGAUAGAGUUCCAAAGCUUUGGGGCGUAGUGGCUGAAAUCGCUGCUGCAGAUAGUGAGGCAGAAGCAUGAGGAACGAGCAGGAAGACGGAGCCAGAGGUAGGGAGGUGCCAGGGCAUGAGGGGAUUUGUAAAUGAGCGAGAGGAUCUUGAAAUCGAACUGUUCUGUGACAGGGAGCCAGUGGAGCCCGACGAGGACUUUAGUGCGGGUGAGAAUAUGGGCGGCGGAAACAUAAUGUAACACGGUAUAUAACUCACUUAGCCAAUCGCAGACCCCUCCCUCCCCUCCCUCUCCGUAAGGAAAGAGUUCAAAUAAAAUAACUGUGGGUUAAAUGAUUGACUUGCCGUACAGAAUUGAUUAAGUCUGUGGGAAAAAUAAUUGAUUGACACUGUUUCCUGGCUUUUGAUAAGGAGAGAGAGAGACGAUGUUUUGGGGGGAAAAAAAGUCUAAUCUUGAAACUGAUUAAAAUUGGUCACUGGCCAAAGAAAGCGGGUGUGGUUUGAAGGAUUGUGUGUUAAUAACGGAGGUGGAAUAGAAGUAUAAGUUGGUAACACAGGAUAUUAUUAUUAUUAUUAUUAUCCAUUAGAUAUUGCUUUAUAUUAUUUUGCGUUCAUAUUAUUAUAUCAUAACAUAAUAUUGUGUUCAUAUUAUUUUGACAAUCCCAAUAAAGUUCUUGAUUGAUUUGGA